AUGGGAUCACUUACAUGGUUAUUACUACUGGUCGGCUGUGGAUGUGUCACAGGUCUGCAGAGGUGGCUGCAACUCACUGAUUAUGAUUGCCAGGGUUGUAACCAGUACUACGAUGACAGUGCAAUGUUCAUGUCAAUGCUAUUUGUCACUUCCAAUACCCUCAUCUUAGGCGGCAGGAACACCAUACAUUCAGUCGAUAUGCUAACAGAUACACAUACCUCCUACAAAGACGGAUCUGAUCAGCUGGAGGCAAGAGUUGAACAGUGUAUGGAAGAGGGACGAAUUGAGGAGGAUUGCCAGAAUUAUUACAAAGUGCUUCUCAUGCUCUCAGAAACUGAUAUAAUGUCCUGUGGUACCUGGGGUUUUGCUCCCGAGUGCGAUGUCAGAACAGUGACAGCGCUGGAGUUCAGAGAGCGAGCCCACGUGCGGAAUGGGAAUGGGUUCUGUCCUGCCAACCCUCGGGAACCUACAUCUUAUCUCAAACUUAGUGGAGAUAUAGGAUUUGCUGGAACCUGCACGGAUGUCUGCGCAAGUGACCAAAUCACAAGAUUCAACCUCCAACCUGGCUCCCUCUCCUCCACAUCCCAUACUUUCAACACGAAUGACCAGCUUAGUGACCCUAAGUUCGUGUAUUCCUUCCAAGAGGGCGAUUACGUGUACUUUGUCUUCAAGGAGACUGCUUCAGAGCUCCCAACUGAGAAAAUUUACUCAAGGAUAGGCAGAGUGUGUAAGAACGAUGUUGGUAGCAGCAGCCCGUUCAUGCAGGAUGUCUUCACCUCCUUCUUCAAGGCUAGGUUCUACUGCACUAGCUCUCAAGCCGGGCAGCAGCCUUUCGACCACGACGAAGUCGAUGGAGCUGUCUACCAGGAACGAGUACUCUACGCUGCUUUCAGCGGACCCAAGAACCUUCAGACUGGAUCCAUAGUGUGCUCCUUCCCGAUAGGAGCUAUAGACGAAGUGUUUGAUGGUCCUUACCUCACAUUUAACAAGGAGACACGGGAGUGGGAAUCUGAAGAAAACCGCAAAUUCAACUGUAAUAAAAAGAAAGAAGGAAGAGAUGCUAUACUGAAAUUCCUAAUGGAAAAAGGGAUUCACAAUCCCACACCUCUCUUCAACACCGAGUCAUCAGAAAGAGUUAACGCCAUAACAGCAGAUAGCUUCACAUAUAACAACGAGGAUAUUAUGGUGCUCUACGCCGCUUCAGAUCUUGGUCGAGUACACAGAAUAGCGUUUAUCAGAGAGUUAGAUAGUAAAGUCUACCAUACCUCAAUAAAAGUGGGAGAUGGAAAAGUAAUCUCAGUAACAUACGGUGCUGGUCACGUGUACGCUAUGGGAACUAACUGGGUUACCAGUGUUCCUAUCAAACAGGAAUGUGCAGCCUCGAGUUGUGGUGAGUGUGUUGGAGCUCAUUUCCCUUACUGUGGCUGGUGUUCCGAUGUGACUCUUGGAAAGUGGUCCUGUACCACUAAGACGAAAUGCCCUUCUACUGACUGGGUGGCACCUACUGACACCUGUAAACCUCUACCAACGUUCUUCAAGUCACCACAGAACAUCACUCUUGGUGAAGGAGCAACAGCUCAAUUCAAAUGUGCGUCACAUGACGCCCUGGUGACCUGGGGUAAGGACGGAGUUGGACUACCUCGCAAAGCUGUCUUCCUGGACUCUGGAAAUAUCUAUAUUCCUGAAGUGAGGCUGGAAGACACUGGUUACUACGAGUGUUCGGUGAACAACACUUCUGGUGUUGUUGUGUCCCGGGGUUACCUUUACGUUCAAGUUGCAGCAAAGUUCAGAGUAGAACCGUCCAAUGUGACGGUUACAAAAGGAAACCAGGAUCUCAUCCUUACUUGCAGAGUUGAGGGUCUACCUAAACCUGAGAUUUGGUGGGAGCGAACUAACGGAGAAUUACCAGAUGGCAGUGAACAGCUUCCAAAUGGGGAUCUAGAGAUAUUCAGGGUUAUGAAGGCUGAUGAAGGCGGUUAUAUCUGCUUUAUCAAGAACGAUAUCGGCAAAAUCAGCCAGUCUAAGAGCAAAACUGCCUACGUUACUGUCAAUGACAAGUUGGAUCCUUACAGUCCUGCUGCGGACGAAUCAUCCUACGACUCCCCCAUCUCAAUAACAGUCCUGACUAUCGGUAUCGUUAUCUCUGCUGUCGUGUGCUUUGUCAUCGGUCUCACCGUUCACAUGGUCUACAGAAGAAGGAAGCAGAAGAGGGAUUACAUAGAAGACAGCCCUCACCAAGGCACCUACUCUCAGUUCAGUGGUUGUCCUCACCAGGAUGACGCGGGCUACCUCUGUCCUCUUCCCAACCAAAACUGGAACAGCACGUGGCAGUCAUAUCAUCGUCAUCAAACGGGACUAUCCAGUCACGGUGCCUUCACUCCCGACACCGCCAUGACAAACUUAAUGACGGACGAGGAGGCUCCUCCAGCCUAUUCUCCAGGGAAUGGUCAGACUAUGUCUGAUUGGUACCCUAGAUCAGCAGCGUCUCUACCCAGUCGGGACUACGCUGAGAUUAUGACAGUACCGCUGCGACCUCCGCCUAUUUCGCCGCCAGUCCUGCCACCCGGUGCCUUCAACGCCCACAACGCCAUUAAUGGACACAUGUCUCCUCUCAUGAGCAAUAGCACCACUCUCCCCAUUUCUAGAGACUUUUACCCUGGCAACAUGCCAGGCAUUUGUUAUCCUCCCGCAAAUAUGCCAGCGUCACGUGCCACACCAGUUCCACAUGAUCUACCAGUGGCAGAUUUGCCAGUAUCGAGUGGUGUGCCAGUGCACAGCACGGCUCCCAUCACUUCAUCCUCACAAGACGGACAGAAUUUAAAUAGACUGCUGCCUGGACUAAUCAGCGAUUACAGUACAAAAUUGCAGGUCUCCAGUGCUAUAUGAACUUCAUUUUAAUUUUUUUAACUGUUUGAUUAUUUUUCGUAAAAUUGAUUGAAAGGGCUACGUUUUAUUUGAGUGAAACGGCUGAUGAGUCUCGUUUUUGAAUUCUUUUUAUUCAAAAGAAGCUUAACGGUAAAAGCUACUCCAGAAAUUGGUAUGUUGAACUGCAACAGUUAUCCAUGAUUUUACGAGAACAAUUUUUAUAUUUUAAGUGGAUAACUUUCAUAAAAUCGUAAUAAAUACAGAUGUUAAAGAUACCUAAGGUAUUCUAUAUAAAAUUUAGAUUCUUUUAUCCUUACGAAACUCAGGCUGUUAUAGUUGAACACUAAAAUCUAACCGAUUUAAUUUUGAUAUUUGAAUGUUGAUACGUGAUCAAGAGAAAUGGUUUUGAUUUGCCACAUUCUGCGAUUGUUUUUAUGUAAAUUAUUUUUAAUUCAAAACAUUGAUGAUACCAAAGGAUGAGACUUUUACAUCCCAAAUUUUAUAUUUCGACGUUUUAAAACUUUACCCUGAAAAUUACUCAUAUUUUACCAUAUAAUAAAUAACUCAAAAUCUUGAAUUGCUAGGGUUAAAACGUCGAAGAUAAAAAAAUUGCAUCAAGUACCUUAAAUUUUAAAAGCUUUAUGUUUUUUGAGUCAUAAUGGCACAAAACUAAGCAGUCAGAAGAUGGACACUGACAAUCGCUGGAAAAAUAACAUUUACUCUUAGUUUACCCUCUGAAUUCUGAAGUUUAAAUUUACCACACCGAAUUCUUUUCGUGAUUAUAACCAAGAUUUUUUAUAACAAUUCCCCAAUAAUUUUGAAGCUUGUUUAUGGGUCAAUCAAUUAUGUAAUGUCUUAUUGAUUAAUAGGUACCGUCAAAAUAUUUAAAACCGUCUAUUAUUUGUCUGGUUAGACUUGUUCUGUACAUAAAACGACAUUUUUUAUAAAUUUGUCUAAUUCCCAA